AUCUUUCUUUUCGGCACAUCUCAAAAUCCGAUUGCCAAUCCCAAACAAAUAUAGAAACGGACACACGAUUUUCUGGGCACGUUAAGAAAUUCAAUCGGGUCAUCUCCAGCGUCGACGACGACAUAAUAAAAGAUGUCGUUUUUCGCCGGUGCGAUCAUCGGCAUCGCCGUCGGCGUCGUUUUGAUCGCCGCCUUCGCCCGCGCCGAGAGGGCACGAUCCAGACGUCGUAAAGAUUUGGCAAAAACAGUGGCGGCGUUUGCUAGGAUGACGGUGAAAGACUCAAAGGCUAUUCUUCCAGCUGAUUUUUAUCCAGCUUGGGUCGUCUUUACUCAGCGCCAGAAGUUAAAUUGGCUGAAUCACCAUCUUGACAAAAUUUGGCCAUACGUUAAUGAGGCAGCGUCGGCGCUGAUAAGGAGCAAUGUGGAGCCGGUACUUGAACGAUACAGAUCAACUAUAUUAUCUUCGCUUAAGUUCUCUAAGUUGACUCUUGGUACUGUGGCUCCUCAAUUUACAGGAGUUUCCAUUCUUGAAAGUAAAAGUGAAGCUGAUGGAGUUACAAUGGAGUUGGAGAUACAAUGGGAUGGUAAUCCAAGUAUUGUACUUGAUGUUAAGACAAGGCUUGGUGUUGCACUACCUAUACAGGUGAAAAAUAUUGGAUUCACUGGGGUUUUCAGGUUAAUCUUCAAGCCACUUGUUGAUGAGUUCCCCUGUUUUGGAGCUGUUUCUUAUUCCUUGAGAGAGAAGAAAAAACUGGACUUUAAACUAAAAAUUGUUGGUGGCGAUGUAUCAACAAUCCCAGGAAUUUAUGAUGCCAUUGAGGAAACAAUACGAGAUGCUAUUGAAGAUUCCAUAACAUGGCCAGUGCGUAAAAUUGUUCCCAUUUUACCUGGGGAUUACAGUGAUUUGGAAUUGAAAACAAUUGGGAUAUUGGAAGUAAAGCUUGUGCAAGCCAAGGACCUCACAAAUAAAGACAUAGUUGGGAAGUCAGAUCCUUUUGCUGUGUUAUUCAUACGUCCACUACCCGAAAAAACGAAAACCAGUAACACAAUUAAUAACCAACUGAAUCCAAUAUGGAAUGAGCACUUUGAGUUCAUAGUUGAAGAUGCGUCUACUCAGCACUUGACGAUAAGAGUUUUUGAUGACGAAGGGGUUCAAGCCUCUGAACUCAUUGGUUGUGCUCAAGUGCCUCUUAAAGACCUCCAGCCAGGUAAAGUGAAGGAUGUUUGGUUGAAAUUGGUCAAGGAUUUGGAGGUCCAGAGAGAUACUAAAUACCGGGGUCAGGUGCAAUUGGAACUCUUGUACUGUCCUUUUGGCACAGAGAAUAACUUUGCAAACCCUUUCAAUCCCGACUAUUCGUUAACGACUCUAGAGAAGGUCCUCAAGAGUGAAAUUCAUGGCACAGAAGGUUCUGAUGCUGACAAAACCACCACCAAGAAGAAGAGGGAGGUCAUUGUUAGAGGUGUACUGUCUGUGACAGUGAUAUCAGCUGAAGACUUACCGGUAGUCGAUUUGAUGGGAAAAGCUGACCCCUAUGUUGUCCUCAUAAUGAAGAAAUCUGAAACCAAAGUCAAAACUAGGGUCUUGAACGACAAUUUGAAUCCAAUUUGGAAUCAAACAUUUGACUUUGUAGUCGAAGAUGCAUUACAUGAAAUGUUAAUUCUGGAAGUUUGGGAUCAUGACACCUUUGGGAAGGAUAAAAUAGGGAGAGUCAUCAUGACGCUUACAAGGGCCCUAUUGGAAGGGGAAUUUCAAGACACUUUUCCAUUAGAUGGUGCAAAAUCUGGAAGGCUAAAUGUGCAUCUUAAGUGGACUCCUCAGAUGAUACUCCGAGAAACUUAGUGGACGUUUAGUUUAUAGAUUCAGAAUCAUGAUUCAAAACCAUUCUCGCUUUACGUGU